CACCUGACAUUCUAAUAGUAUUGUUCUUAUCAUAGAGAACAAUUUGACUCGGAAAACGACAAGCUGAAGCAGCAGCUGCGCACUGGUUAAGCAGCUUUUUGAGCUGAAACAUAUUUUCAAUUUCUUCGAUCCUUUUUUCAAUGGGUUUGGGAGCUUUGAUUUUUCAAAUUUCUCUUUCCGGAAGCUGAUUUUGGAGAUUUUAUGUUCUGGGUAUCUUGAGAAGCAAUGAGGAGGAGCGGUAACGCCGAAGAGUCUGUGACGGCGCUGCGGAAUCCUAGUCCUAAGAAGUCGGAGAGGCCACCGCUGCUGAAGAAGUCGAGAACCAUAGCAUCGGACGGCGAAUGUUCCACACCACACUUCCCUGGUCCCCUGUUCACCGCCGUUCGUCGUAUCUCUUCAAUUGCUUUUAAGAAUUCAAGUUUUCUUUCUCAACCUUUGUUUUGAGACAAUUUUAUGCUAGUUUCUCAUAAGUAAUUGAUUACAGAUGCUGCAUUACUUUCUAAGCUUAUAUGAAGGGGUAGGAUUUUGUUGAAAUGUUUUUAAUUUCCCCUAAGCCAUACUAGGGUUCGCCUAUACUGCUUAGGACAAAGCAUUUAGACAAUGUGUACAUUUAUGAUAGGACUGUAUCAACAAGCAGAGCUAACUUCAGUUGGGUUUAUCAUCAGGCAAAUAACUUUUCUCCCUUUUG